GGUGACAACGUCCCCCCGCCCCCCCCCCCACUCUCACCACGGCCGCGUGUAGUUUUUAUUCCGCGUCUUUGCGCGACUUGAACUCGACUGGAAUUCACUUUUUUUUUUAGAUUUUUCCUGCUGGGAUCGAGUUCCACACCUCGCGGACACUGCAACCGCUGGCGACGAGCACGACGCCGAGCGACCACGCUGCGAGCGCAAGCAAAUAGGCGCCGGGGUUCGUGUGUAGGAGCUGCCCCGUGACCUCUCCCCAAGGUUCUGUCUCCGCUGCACGGCCCACGAAUAAGAUCGUCAGGCAGACAUGGCUGCCCAGGUUACAGAGGCCGACCAAAUCAAGCAGUUCAAGGACUUCCUGGGCUCGUAUAACAAGCUGUCAGAGCUGUGCUUCAUGGACUGUGUGAAGGACUUCACAGUACGGAAGGUGCUGGACGAAGAGAACAACUGCACGGAGACCUGCAUGCAGAAAUAUUUGAAGAUGACGCAGAGAAUCUCGCAGCGCUUCCAGGAGUACCACAUCCAGCAGAACGAGGCCCUGGCCGCUCGCGCAGGCCUCAUCGUCCAGCCCAAGAUGUGAGCCGAGUGCCAAGGGGCCACUUCGUGAUCCGCGACAAAGGGGCCAAAAGCUACUGUGCGCAGCACUGGUUCUUCGCACAGACACCUCUGCAAUGUGGUUAACGAGUCUGGAGGAUCACGUUGCCCAAAUAAGUGUGUUUCUUAUUUUUUAAGAUAUUUCUGGAAACAGGAUUUAUGCCUAUCCAAGCAUUGGGCUUAAAUGCUGCCAUAACCCAGAGCAUGUGCUUUUCAUCCAUGUUGGCUUUAAAAAGCAAGAUCCUGUUGUUUUUUAAGAAAAUGUACAUUAGACAUCCCUACUGUGUAAAGGAUGUGGAUGCACUUAGGACUGUAUUUGUAAUACAGGAGUUAAUAUGGGGGAGCUUUGUCACCUUGCCUCUCUAUUGAUGAAAGGAUUCAAAAAAGCAUUUUUGCAUGCAUAACCAAUAUUCUGUAUUGUUGUAAACAUGUUGAGCUGUGGCUUAAUAAAAUAAUGUAACACAAA